AUGUUGGCCAUUCAUCAUCAUCACAAACAACAAGAACACGAAUUGGAAAGUCUAAAACAAAAUUAUAAAUUUAAUAUUGAAGCAGUUUUUGAUCAUGAAAGUGCUCGUGAUUGUUUCCGAAAGUUUUUAAAGGAUAAUUUGAAUGAAGAUCCUUUCAUGUUUUAUGAAAUGGUUGAAAAGUAUCAAAAAACAAGAUUGGACAAGAAUAGAUUUGAUAUGGCUGUGGAAAUUAUGAAUACUUUUAUUGUUGUGAGUGCCAAACAUGAAUUAAACUUGUCAAUGACUAUUAGAAAUGAUAUUCUAAAGAAUUGGAAGGUGAUUCAGGAGCUAAAUGAAGGGAAAUCUGCUGAAUUAAUGGAAUGUCCAACUGACUUGUUCCAAAAAGCUCAGAAUGUCAUCUUUUCCGAAUUGAAACAAGAUAAUUUUCCAAGAUUUAUCGAUUCUGAACAAUUUGUAAAAUAUUUAAAGAAGGAAGCUAGAAAAUCACAAUUCAAGGGCUCACCAGCAACAUUGUUAGACUUGUUGGGAUCGAAAAAGGCAAUGGAAAGGUCAGAUAGUGGUCUAUCACAUGAAUUGACUGAAUCCGGCUCUUUGGAAGACAUGUCAGUGGUAGAAAACAAACCUUCAACUAUUGCAGAUAAUGAUAGACCUCUUGUUGAUCCACAUUCUGUCUACAUUUCAUCAAAGGAUUAUGAUAUUGUGAAUGAAUUGAUUUCUUCAUUGAAUGAUAGUAGUAGAUGGAAAGUAGUUGAAGAAAAGACAGGUAUGAAAACAUUGACCAGUGCUCAUAAUUAUUAUCUGAACCCAUCAGAUGGAGCUCUUCCUUUAAUUUGUUUCACUGGUCUCGCUAAGGGAAAUCACAAGGAAUUAUUUAAUUUGAUUUUUUCACAACAUUUCGAAAAGAAAAUGAGUGCUCUCCAAAAGAGGAAAUUACAAUUGGACUAUAUCAAAAUUAAUCCAGAGAAUGGUGUGGAUUAUCCUAAUUCAAUAAUUUACUCGGAACUCGAUACUCACUUUCCAAUAUCUAAAAGAGACCUAGUACUAGCCAAGACAGUUAUACCAGAUCUUUACAAUCCAGAAACUGAUGAUUUUGAUCGAUAUUCCAUAAUUCAGAAACCAUGCACUCAUCAAGAUGCUCCAAUCUCUAAGGAAUUUAUCAGAGUUUCACUCUUCUCAGCAAUAAUUGUAGAGAAAAAGACUAAUGACACUUUGAGAUACUACAUGUUUGAUUUUAUGGAUUUGAAAGGAAAAGUUCCAAAGAAACUCUUAUCAGGAAUUGCACGUUUUGCUGCUAAGGAAUUUCAUAAAUAUCUCCAAAAACAAUUUAUCAAUCCCAGAGAUGGACGAAUCAAAUCACCCUCAGCCGAUUCACCAACAGAAGAAGAAUUAUAUAGCUCUGAAGGAAUGGUUGAGUUGCUUCAUGAUCAUAUCAAUUACAUUCGAGAACACAUUCUCCCAAAGAAUACACUCUAAUUUGUCU